GUAAAACAAAUUGCUUCCGGUGUGUAGUCGUUUGCUGUCUGAGGAAGUGGAAAAACUCCAUAUGAUAAAAUGUAUCAGAUUGGGAUUUUACAGGGGUUUCGGUGUCUGUCAAAAAAUCAGCAGAAGAUCGUUAGAAACCUGCAAGUAGCCGUUCGUCCGACAUUACACAGCUAUGGGAAUAUUUGUAACACUCAUGCUGUAUUUUUAAGGAGGCAGGAUCAUUUGCUGCAUGAGAUCCGAAGGUCAUUUUUAAAAGCUCAUGCAAGAAAGGACCCGCAAUAUUGUGCAGUUCGAUGGUAUAAACCCUUACCAGCCCAGCCCGAAGAUGGAGAAUUGAUCUACACAGGCAACCUGGGAAAAGCUGUCCUUGGUGUGAAGUUUUUCUCCUACUCCAGCAGUAUGUUUAGUCUCUGUGUGAUGCCGUACGUCCUCUUGAAAACAGGCAUCGGCGUAAACAGCUUGGCUCUGCAAGUAGCAUUUUGUGGUGUUAUAGGUUUCUUCACAUUUCUGACACCUGUUCUCCUCCACUUGAUCACCAAAGGCUAUGUAGUACGCCUGUACCACAACAAGGAGACGGACAUGUACACGGCCAUCACUUACAGCGCCCUUCUAGUGGAGAAACGGACUGUGUUCCAUCAGAGCGAUGUCGUUAUCCCUGAUGUCAGUCGGAUGUUCACCAGUUUUUAUGCCAGGAAACGCUCAAUGCUGGUCAACCCGAUGCUUUUUUCUCUGCCCUACGACUACAACCACCUCAUGGGUUACGACCGGCCCUUUUCCUUUGACACAGAUGACUUGAACAAACCAGAUAAAAGUUAACUUGCCCAGUGUUAGUGGACGACCAUCAAUUUCUUUUCAUCAUUUCAGUGGACCGCUGUAUUGUAUUAAAUAUUGGCAGGCUGGCAUGUCAUCCAGUAUAGCAGUGAUGCAGAAACGAAAGUGUAAAUAAAUGAAAACUCCCAUUUACCGUCUGCA